UUCUCCUCCUCCGCUUAAAACCCUGAAGUGCUCCCGAGGCUGUUUCUGUAGAAACGCGAAAAUAGUCAUGAACGUUUUUUUCCAGAGCUCAACUUGGCCAAAGUGUCUCACGCAGCGCAACGAGCAGAUAUCAGUGGACAUUGGAAUAGAUUACACAGGACGAGGUUUCGUUUCAUUCUGUUUAAGUCUCUUCUUGUUGAUUUUUGUCUUGUGGGAGUUAAGAGAUGAACUAAUCCAGACUUGAAGAACACGGAGUCAGAGGAUCUGCUCUUCACAUAAAAAUGCAGUCUCUCACCCAAGAGCAAAACCCAGCCUUCACUGUGGUCAAGUCUCACAGUCCAACCAAUGGCAAAGAAGAGGAAGUGAACACAGAUACAGAUUCCAUCGAGGAGGAGGCUGAAUUUAACUGGGAGGAGUACAUCGAGGAGAAGGGUGGGAGUGCAGCCCCCCACACCAACUUCAAACAUGUGGAGAUUAGUCUACAGAGCAGCUUCCAGCCAGGAAUGAAGUUGGAAGUGGCCAAUAAGAGUGCCCCAGACACAUACUGGGUAGCGACUAUCAUUACCACAUGUGGCCAGCUGCUGCUCCUACGUUACAGUGGCUAUGGAGAGGACCGAAAGGCAGACUUCUGGUGUGAUCUUAUGACUGCGGAGCUACACCCAGUGGGCUGGUGUGCUCAGAACAACAAGACCCUUAUACCCCCGGAAGCUAUUAAAGAGAAGUACAGUGACUGGACUGAGUUUCUCGUUCAGGAUCUCACAGGCUCAAGGACGGCACCAGCCAACCUGCUGGAAGGGCCUCUCAGGGGGAAAAACACAGUGGACUUGAUUGUAGAGGGAUCAGUGUUAGAAGUUCAGGACACUUAUGACCCUUUCCUCUACUGGCCUGCACGAGUCAUCAAGAACAUUGGGGGGCGGCUUUGUUUACGUUAUGCUGGUUUAACUGAAGACCACCUGACCAGAGACAUCUGGCUCUUUUACCUGAAUGUGCGGUUGCGACCCCUGGGAUGGGCCCAAGAAAACUGCCUCACAGUAGAGCCUCCAACAGAGCUCAGAUGUCUGCAUAGCCUCUCAGAUUGGCAAGAGGCUUUAGAAGAAGCUCAACUUGAGGGACAGAAGAACCCACUGCCCUUAGAAGUGUUUAAGGACCAUGUAGACCUGCCCAAGCACACCUUUAAGGUUGGAAUGAAGCUAGAGAUGGUUCCUUGGUGGGAUCAGAUGCAGAUUUGCCCUGUUUCUGUCACGAAGGUCUACAAUGAGUACUACUUCCAAGUGACAGUGGAUGAUUUUUCAGCGGAUGCCAAACCCUGGUCAGUGGUGUGUCACGUGAACUCACCAGGCAUCUUGCCCGUCCAGUGGUGUCUGAAGAACAGGACAGGCCUAGAGCGGCCUCGAGGCUUUGAGGGGCAGGACUUUGAUUGGGCCGACUAUCUGAAAAAGAGUGGUACUGAGGCUGCUCCAGACGCAUGCUUCCCUGAUACAUGGCAGACAAGGGGCUUUGCCAAGGACAUGUGGCUGGAGGCAGUGAACCCCGCGCAGCCGUCGGACGUGUGCGUUGCCCAGAUCACACAAGUGACUGGCCGCCUGCUGUGGCUCCGACUGGAAGGUGUUGCCAAGCCUUUAUCAGAGUGCAUUGUGGACAGUGAGUCUAUGGACAUCUUUCCUGUCGGCUGGUGUGAGGCCAACGCUUAUCCUCUCACACCUCCACUCAAACCUGUCUCUUCCAAACAGAAAAAGAUAGCAGUGGUCCAACCAGAAAAACAGUUAGUUCAGUCUCAGUCAGAAGAGGUUCCUCCUGUCAACUGCCAGCCUGUUGCUAUGGAUCAAGGUGCAGCAAAUGGAAGAUACUGCUGCUCAAAGAUAUUUGUAAACCAUCGAUGUUUCUCAGGACCGUACCUCAACAAAGGCAGGAUUGCCGAAUUGCCACAGGCAGUGGGGCCUGGUAAAUGCGCUCUUGUUCUUAAAGAGCUGCUUACUAUGCUGAUCAAUGCUGCCUACAAGCCUGGGCGAGUCCUGAAGGAGCUGCAGGAGAUGGAGAGUCACAGCUGGGACUGUCAGGAGGAGACCCUCAAAGCCAAAUACAAAGGAAAAACAUAUCGCUCCACUAUCGGUAUUGUCCGGAUUGCAGACCAAAUUCCAGACUUUUGUCGAAAAGUGUGUCUGAAGCUCCAGUGUUGUCCAAACCUCUUCAGCCCGUUGCUUGUUACUGACAAGUGCCCAGAGAACUGCUCACUACAGACUAAAACCAAAUUCACUUACUACUAUGGAAAGAAAAGGAAACUGUCCAAGCCUGUGGGAGGAGAGGACACUGAGGGCGAUCAGGCCAAACCAGCCCGACGGAGGAAGAAGAGGAAAGCCAUCUUUGUGCAGAAGAAACGCCGCUCCUCUACUGUGGACUACACAUAUGCAGGCUCACCACAGGACAGUGACGAGGGAGAUGAAGACGAAGACUUCACUUUACAUUCAGGCAGUGAAGGCACCAGCUCUGAGCCUCGCGAUGACUCGUCUAUUGCUGAGGUGAGCAGCAGUCGUCCACGUCGGGCUGUAACUCUACGUAAAGCCACAAACUCAGGACACAGCAGCCAUGAGUCCACAGACCGAGAGCUGAGGAGGUCCACCCGCUCCCUGUCUGCAUACAACCAGAAAGACAACAAGUACCAGCCCCCUAAAGAACAGGACGUACAGAUGGAGGAAGGUGAAAAUCAGCUGGUUCUUGACAGAAACCCUUUGGAUUGGACUGUGGAUGAAGUGGUUCAGUUCAUUAACUCCACAGACUGCGCAUCUUUGGCCAAUAUCUUUAAGGAGCAGGAUAUUGAUGGUCAGGCCCUUCUACUACUGACGCUGCCCACUGUUCAGGAGUGCAUGGAUUUGAAGCUUGGUCCUGCCAUCAAAUUGUGUCACCACAUAGAGCGUGUUAAAGUUGCCUUUUACAAACAGUUUGCUAAUUAACAGAGCCUUGCACAAAAUGUUAAUACUGAAUGAAUUACCUAGUACUUCCUGUUUGGGUGAAAAAUACUAUAUAUAUAUCCGGAAUUUUGCUGAAAUUCAGGUGGAUAAAUGUGACAAAAAAUUGUGUGAUUUAUUUUUUUUCUGCUGAAGCUGAAGGAGAAGUCUGUGAAAUGUAUGUUAAAGAAAACUACAACUUUGUGACCUGUAUUGAGAAGCAGAUGAUCCAUUUCUGUUUUCUUUGUUUAAGAAGUGUUGACUUACAUUGGUUCCUUUUGUGUGAUGUAAUUGGUCCUGGAAAUUAGAAUUUAUUUAUCAAACCAAAACAUAAUAUAUUUGGAUUAUUUAUUCUUGUCCUAAUUUAUGAAAAAGUACAAUAUUCACCCCAUUUAAAUCAAGGCAGACCUUUAAAUUAACUAUUAAGUUAUUAAUUCAACUGCUUCUUUGUAUAUUAUAUCUUAGAUCUCAGAAGACUUUAAAAACCAAGGUCAGGAAAUGGCACUUUGUGCUCUGUCGUGUUGUAACCACAGGAAUCCAUAUUGUAAGCUAUUUUUGUGUCCAUCUAUGCAAAUGUGUGGAGAUAUUUUUGAUAAGAAAAAAAAUAAAUUUAUAGCCAUUUGUA